CCCUGGUUUGCCCUCAAACCAGUACAAAACUCAACGUGCUUAUCCCUUGUUUUCCUCCCAAAACAGAAUUUCCCAUCCUCAAACCUUGUCUGGAUGGAGGAGAAGGUUGUGAGGAAGAGAAAGGUGCCUAGGGACAACCAGGCAGACCAGGAGCUGAGGAUGGAGACCAGGGAGGACAAAUCCCCACAGCAGAACCUCAUGGCAGAGGCUGUUUUGAGCGGCUCCAUGGCACAGGAAUCCAACGGGAAGGAAAAGCCCCAGAGAUUCCACAGGAGGAGGGGCUUCAAAGCCAGCCCAGGGUGCUCUGAGGAGGAAAGACCCACCCUGUGCCAGGAAGGUGGGCAGAGCUUCAGCCAGAGCUCGGAGCUGCUGGUCCAUGAGCAGCUUCAUGAUGGGGAGAAGCCGUACGAGUGCCUGGAGUGUGGGAAGAGCUUCAGCUCAGAUCUCCUCUGCCACCAGCGGAUUCACACCGAGGAGAGGCCCUUCCGCUGCCCUGACUGUGGGAAGAGCUUUAAGCGCAACUCCCACCUCAUCAGGCACCGGCACAUCCACACUGGGGAGAGGCCCUGCGAGUGUCCCUAG